GUGAAAUAUCAAUAUGGCAGCUACGGUCUGAUAGGUUGAACGUCGUAAUGUUACGACUAUGAAGAAAUAGCGUGUUUUGUGAAAAGCUACACGCGUAUUAAAAUCUUCAAUUUACGAAAUGUUUUACAGUAAUGUCAUUACUGAUUAAGUUUUACAAACUAUACAAGCCUCAUUAAAUACGAAGCCAAAGAAAUAAGGCAAUGGAUUUAACUUUAAUAACGCACAAAACGGAGAUUAAAGGUUGAGAAAAGAUAGUAGAGAGGAAAGCAUUCACAAUUCCCUCCGACGAACGGAGAAACAGAAGAAAUGCUGACUUCAAAAAACUACAAUAUUAUAUGUUAAGAAGAAAUUAAUUUUGCACAUAUAUUAAUUCUAUAAAAAGCAAGAAAAUGAGUAGAUCAGAUUGUGCAACUGAUGUAGGAAGCGGCUGGCGUGAAUGUGCCAAAUGGUUAACAAGAUGUGGAGCAUUACGAGCUGAUCACAAAGCCAAUUGGCCAAAUGCAACACCGUUUGAUCUUGCUUACACAUUAAGAGAUGGAGUAUUACUCUGUAAUUUAUUAAACACUGUAGAUUCAGGAUGCAUAGAUAUGAAAGAUGUGAAUCAAAAACCACAAAUGGCACAAUUUUUAUGUUUACGAAAUAUAAAAGUAUUCCUGUCUGCAUGUUCCACUAUUUUCGGAUUAUCAGAUUCCGACCUCUUCGAACCUUCUAUGUUAUUUGAUUUAUCCAAUUUUCAACGUGUACUUUGUACAUUAUCUGCUUUAUCGAAUUGUCAUCGUUUAAGGCAAAAGAGUAUUCCAGGUUUCUCAGUAGGCCAUAGUCGAUCUCAAGAAGAUAUUUAUAAAGAUUUGCAAAGUGCUGGUGUAGGGCGCGAAGAUGAAGGUCGUCGCAGAAGGUUUAGAAGGAGAGAGGGAGAUGAAGCAGGUGGAGGAGGAGACAAUGAUGACUCUGUAGGAGAAGAAGAUGGUUAUGGAGCUUAUUGCAGUCAUGCUCAAAGUGAAGAGAUCUAUCAGGACCUUUGUAGUUUACACCUGCCACCUCCUCCAUCUGUUGUUCAGCAGGGUGGUGCAAUAUCAGGAGGAGAAAAGAGAGACUAUGUUAUUCAAGAACUUGUAGAGACUGAAAGAAACUACUCGGAUGUUCUUAACAGUUUAUUAAAACAUUUUGCGAGACCGCUCUCGUCAUUGUUAAGACCUGAAGAUUCCGCACGAAUAUUUUUUGGUAUAAAAGAAUUGUCCGAAAUCCAUGCUGGCUUCCAUAGUCAACUUCGUAAAGCAAGAAACGGAGCUGCCUUAGCUCAAGUUUUCCUCGAUUGGCGAGAAAAGUUUCUUAUUUACGGAGAUUAUUGCGCAAAUCUUACGCUUGCACAAAAUACGCUACAAGAAGCAUGUGUGAAAAACGAAGUUUUUAAUCAGGAGGUCAUAAGAUGCCAACAAGAUUCCAAUAAUGGUAAAUUUAAACUACGUGAUAUACUUUCUGUACCAAUGCAGAGGGUGCUAAAAUAUCAUUUGCUGCUUGAUAAGUUAGUGGAAGAGACUCCUAGGGAUUGGCACGAAGAUCGACGUCAAUUAAAUGAAGCGAGAGAAGUUAUGGUAGAUGUAGCACAGUAUAUAAACGAAGUCAAACGUGAUGCAGACACAUUAGAUAUCAUAAAAGAUAUAGAAGCAUCGAUAAUUGAUUGGGACGUACCUGAAGAUGCACAAUUAAAAGAUUACGGACGUUUGUUAAGAGAUGGAGAGCUUAAGGUGAAAGCUCAUGGUGAUCAAAGAAUAAAAGCCCGUUAUGCAUUUGUUUUUGAGCAAAUCAUUCUAAUUUGUAAAGCAGGAAGAGGUGAUCAAUAUUGUUAUAGAGAUUUUUUACGUUUAGAUGAUUAUAGACUCGAGGAUCAUACGGGAAGACGAACUCUUGGCCGAGAUUCACGUUGGUCUUAUCAAUGGUUACUUGUGCAUAAACAAGCUUACACUGCAUACACCUUAUAUGCAAGGACAGAAGAACAAAAGCAAAUGUGGAUUAAAGCCUUGCAAGAUGCGAUGGAUAAUGUAAAUCCUGCUGCGUGUCGAAAUACGAAUCAUAAAUUUAAACUUACAACGUUUGAUACUGCACGUAGUUGUCAACGUUGCGGUCGAUUCCUUAAAGGCUGUAUAUUUCAGGGUUACAGAUGUGAAGUGUGUCGCCUUGCUGUACACAAACAAUGUAUUGCACAUUCAGGACGUUGUAUGCCAAUACCACCUCCACCUCCACCACCACCACCCUUACCUUGUGAAAGAGCACUUUCUGCGAAACUUUGGUUUGUUGGAGAAAUGGGACGAGACACGGCAUCUAAUAAACUUGAACCUCGUGAGGAUGGCACAUAUAUGUUAAGAAUAAGACCAGCUGGUCAACCUCGGCUUAAGCAUGAAACUAAUUAUGCAUUAAGUAUCAAGGCCGAUGGUGCAGUAAAACAUAUUAAAAUAUUCAAACGUGAUGUAGAUGGUGCAGAUCUCUAUUAUCUUAGUGAAUCUAGAUUUUUUAAGAGUGUCGUCGAACUUGUAGAAUACUAUGAACGCGCUUCAUUAGCAGAGAAUUUUGAAAAACUGGAUCAACGAUUAUUAUGGCCUUUUCGUCGCGUAUUAGCCAAAGCACUAUUCGAUUUUCAUGGUAGUGAACGUAAUCAAUUGAGUCUUCGACGUGGAUGCAGAGUUGUUGUUUUAAGUAAAGAAGGUGAUGCCAAAGGAUGGUGGAAGGGAAAGAUAGGUGAUCAAGUAGGAUUUUUUCCUAAGGAGUAUGUCGAGGAAGAAUAAUAAAAAUGCGACAGUAAUAAUUCUUCUUUAUGUCGCAAUUAUCUUAUCGUGCAAUCAUAAAUUGAGUGAAAUAUAUUUUGAAGAGAUAGAAAAAAAAAAGAAACAAAAAAGUCAAAAAAAAAAAAAAAAUGAAAAGAAAAA